GGAUCUGUGAGGAUUCUCAAGAACAAGUACAAGUGCGAGUUAUUACAAGGACUAUUUCCUGCCUGAAUCUGCUAUACAAAAUCCAGUUGAGUGACAGGAGAACGAAGUGUGCGAAUUUAAGAGGAGAUUUUCCUCCUAAUUGUCUUUUUCCAUCAUCAUAUUGGUCGCUAUCAUCUGACGAUGAGAGCGACGUGUGCGCCCUCAAACGGUCAAUUGAGGAACCGGACUUGGGCAUACCCUCCCUGUUAGGGAACUCUAUAUACAGCAAAGCACUCCCUCUCUCUGCGUCCAAGUUGUCCGAGUGUUCAGUUGAAGAUAGGCCAAGCAAGGCACAAGGAAACAGGAGAUCAAGAAAUACGUCUGCACACUGAACAUCCAAGAACCACAUUAUUUAGUGAAACCCAAAGGUAGAUCCACUUUCACCUUCUAAACUUGAAAAACUGGUCACGGGGAUAACCUGGGAACAGUGUUCAGCAGUUUCAUUUUGCUGCUGUGAACUAAUCUAGUGAACUCGUAGAUUUGUUUAUUGUCCUCCGGACGCUUGACACGGUCGCCUGGCCAGGACAUCUGAGAGUGUGCACAUCCCUGCCUCUUCUGGAGAACCCAUAUCAUGUUUUCUGGGCAUCAGAUGAGGGUGCCCAACUGUGUUUGGGCCACAAUUCUGGUCUCUUUUCUGGCCCUUCCGUUCCAAGGACUGGCCGGAGAUGAUGGAAUCUUCACUUCAAAUUCGGACCUGCAAGGUCUUCUCACCACGGAGGCUGAAUUGGUGAAAGGUCUUCAGCACUACAUCCAACAAGAGGAACAGAAAAUCCUCAAACUUAAACAAAUUGCCAAAUCCUACGAGGAGAUUCAAAUCCACGCCCAAGAUGACAAGGAGACCUAUGUGGGGAACCCGUUAAAUUCGUACCUUCUGAUCAAGAAGAUGACCUCCGAUUGGACGGACGUCAAAGAAAUGAUCAGCGCCAAUCCGGGCGAGGACUUCCUCCAAAAUAUCACAACUCAAAAGGAAGUGUUCAAAUGGCCGUCGGAUCAGGAUCUGAAUGGAGCAGCGGUGGCCUUAGUCAGACUUCAAAGCACCUAUAAGCUUGACACCGACGAUCUUGCACAUGGUCAGCUCAAUGGGAAGAGCUAUGGUACAAAAUUGAGUGCCCACGACUGUUUCGAAUUAGGCCGACAAUCCUAUAACGUUGGGGAUCACUACCAUUCCAUCCUUUGGAUGAAUCAAGCUCUGAAACGUCUUGAGGAAGAAGAAAACAAAACUGUUGACGCUGGUGACGUUUACGAAUACUUGGCCUUCUCAGCUUACGUUCAAGGCAACAUUCGUCGGGCUUUGAGACUCACAAACAAACUCCUUGAGGUCCAACCUGGCCACACGAGGGCUAUGGGAAAUAAGGUUUAUUAUGAAAGCACCCUUCAGACUGAGAAUGAUGCAAAGUUUAAACGAGGUGAAGAUGGCCUUGGUGAGUUUGAUGAUCCAGAAGGUGUUGCUAUCGCAGAGGAGUCCGAUUCUCCUGGUCAAAAAACACCCGAGAAGACCAACUAUGAGAAACUUUGUCGAGGUGAAAAUGAGCUCACGGAAGCGUACAAGGCCAAACUGUUCUGUCAAUACACCACUGGCCAAAACCCAUACCUUAUUUACCAGCCAUACAAAGAAGAAGUGGUCCAUCUGAAGCCAAAAAUUAUCAUUUAUCACGAAGUUCUCGGUGAUAAUGAAAUUAAUACCAUUAAAACUCUCUCUACCCCUAGGUUCAAGCGGGCAACAGUUCAAAAUUACAAGACAGGCGAAUUGGAAACAGCCAACUACCGCAUCUCAAAGACUGCCUGGCUGAAACGUGAAGAACAUAAUGAUAUUGAACGUAUCUACCAACGUGUGGGCGAUAUCACGGGUUUGAAUAUGGACACUUCAGAAGAACUCCAAGUUUCAAACUAUGGUAUGGGAGGGCAUUACGAGCCUCAUUUUGAUUUUGCCAGGCGAGAGGAAGAACACGCGUUCAAGAGUCUUGGCACUGGAAACCGUAUUGCAACUUGGCUCUUCUACGAGUCUGAUGUGGACCAAGGUGGUGCCACCGUGUUUCCUCAACUUGGCAUUGGGCUUUGGCCUAAAAAAGGGUCUGCCGUUUUCUGGUAUAACCUCCACAGAAAUGGCGAAGGUGACGAGAUGACACGUCAUGCAGCCUGCCCAGUGUUGGCCGGUACAAAAUGGGUCUCAAAUUUUUGGCUCCAUGAGAGAGGACAAGAAUUCAUUCGGCCAUGCACGACAAGUCCAUUCGAAUGAGGCGGCCAUAAUCAACGUUUCACGCAAGAGUUGGUCGUGAAUUUAUAAACGCAAAAAUCUCAAGCAUUGUGUCUGCACAUUCAUUGUGAUAUAAUUUAUUAUAACAAUGCAUCUUCAUCUCAAUCAAAGCAAGCAAAUUGGCGUGGCAAGAGAUUUCAAUAAAUCUUAAACAGAAAGUUCUUAAAAGACAUGAAUAUAUGGCGUCUUAACACAAUUCGUCCUCAUCCUCUUCUUCUUCAUUCUUGAGUUCCUCUUCCCUUUGUCCCACCGUUUUCCCCAACUCUUCAGGUUCCAACGGAUCCACGCCAAAAUUUGUCUCAUUCGUUCCUUUUGAGGGUUCCUCGGCGGCCGCAAUUACUGCUGCCCUUUGAGCUCCAAAGGCUGCAGCAGCAGCCUCGAGGUCUCCACCUGUUCCCUCGGGAAUCUUGAUAUCCUUGACCAUUUUGGUGAAUUCGACAUCUAGAUUCUUCAUGGCAGGACUAUUCAGGCCUUGUUUGACCAUCUCCCCAUCUUCUUCUCCAAAUCCAUCGAUGAUCUUGUGUAGGGCC